AUGUCGACCUUGGAAGACCUCGACGACCUUGAGCGUGAGCAGAGAGACAAGAAGAAGGACCAAGGAGAUGACGGUGACGGCAGGAAGCCCGAAGGUGAAGGAGAUGCUGAUAUGAAAGAUGCCGAUGCCAAGAGAGAUGAGGAUGAUGGACUCUUGGACGAGGAGAUCCUUAGCUCGAGCACAGCGGACAUCGUCAAGCGACGGCGGAUGCUGGAGAACGAGCUGCGUAUAAUGAAGAGCGAAUACCAGCGCCUGACUCACGAGCAAAACACGAUGCGAGAGAAAGUCAAGGAUAACCAAGAAAAGAUCGAGAACAACAGGCAAUUACCCUACCUGGUCGGAAACGUCGUCGAGCUUUUGGAUUUGGAUGUUGAAGCUGAGGCGGCUGAGGAGGGGGCGAACAUUGACCUUGAUGCUACACGGGUGGGCAAGUCGGCUGUCAUCAAGACGUCGACCCGCCAGACUAUCUAUCUUCCUCUCAUUGGUCUAGUAGAUCACGAGAAGCUGAAGCCUGGUGAUCUGAUCGGUGUCAACAAGGACUCAUACCUCGUCCUGGAUACGCUACCUGCCGAGUACGAUAACCGUGUCAAGGCCAUGGAGGUCGAUGAGAAGCCGACGGAGAAGUACACCGACAUUGGUGGUUUGGAUAAGCAAAUCGAGGAAAUUGUGGAGGCUAUCGUAUGGCCUAUGAAGGAAGCUGACAGGUUCAAGAAGCUUGGCAUUAAGGCACCGAAAGGUGCUCUAAUGUAUGGGCCGCCCGGUACUGGUAAAACACUUCUUGCCCGAGCCUGUGCAGCAGAGACGAACGCCACUUUCCUCAAGCUUGCCGGUCCGCAGUUGGUGCAGAUGUUCAUCGGUGAUGGUGCGAAACUCGUUCGUGACUGCUUCGCCCUUGCCAAGGAGAAGGCACCUUCCAUCAUCUUCAUCGACGAGCUGGAUGCGGUCGGUACGAAGCGGUUCGACUCCGAGAAGUCCGGUGACCGUGAAGUGCAGCGAACCAUGCUUGAACUUCUCAACCAGCUCGACGGAUUUGCCUCGGACGAUCGCAUCAAGGUUCUCGCGGCCACGAAUCGUGUCGACGUUCUCGAUCCCGCCCUGCUCCGUUCCGGUCGUCUGGACCGCAAGAUCGAGUUCCCGCUACCCAACGAGGAGGCGAGAGCCAACAUCCUGCAGAUUCACUCCCGCAAAAUGGCUGUGGAUGACCGGGUUAACUGGGCGGAACUGGCCCGCAGUACCGACGAGUUUGGUGGUGCUCAGCUGAAGGCCGUGUGCGUGGAGGCAGGUAUGAUUGCUCUCCGGAAGGGCAUGAGCAAGGUAGGACACGAGAACUACGUGGAUGCCAUUUCGGAAGUACAGGCAAAGAAGAAGGACACGAACAUGGGUAUCUAUGUCUAA